CGGGUGCCUGGGCCACGUAAUAAGGAGUCCACUUCUAAACCUCGGGCCCAGCUGGUGCCUGGGCCACAUAAUAAAGCGCGCUCUUCUAAACCUCGGGCCCAGUGGGUGCCUGGGCCACGUAAUAAGGUGCGCUCUUCUAAACCUCGGGCCCAGUGGGUGCCUGGGCCACGUAAUAAGGUGCGCUCUUCUAAACCUCGGGCCCAGUGGGUGCCUGGGCCACGUAAUAAGGUGCGCUCUUCUAAACCUCGGGCCCAGUGGGUGCCUGGGCCACGUAAUAAGGUGCGCUCUUCUAAACCUCGGGCCCAGUGGGUGCCUGGGCCACGUAAUAAGGUGCGCUCUUCUAAACCUCGGGCCCAGUGGGUGCCUGGGCCACGUAAUAAGGUGCGCUCUUCUAAACCUCGGGCCCAGUGGGUGCCUGGGCCACGUAAUAAGGUGCGCUCUUCUAAACCUCGGGCCCAGUGGGUGCCUGGGCCACGUAAUAAGGUGCGCUCUUCUAAACCUCGGGCCCAGUGGGUGCCUGGGCCACGUAAUAAGGUGCGCUCUUCUAAACCUCGGGCCCAGUGGGUGCCUGGGCCACGUAAUAAGGUGCGCUCUUCUAAACCUCGGGCCCAGUGGGUGCCUGGGCCACGUAAUAAGGUGCGCUCUUCUAAACCUCGGGCCCAGUGGGUGCCUGGGCCACGUAAUAAGGUGCGCUCUUCUAAACCUCGGGCCCAGUGGGUGCCUGGGCCACGUAAUAAGGUGCGCUCUUCUAAACCUCGGGCCCAGUGGGUGCCUGGGCCACGUAAUAAGGUGCGCUCUUCUAAACCUCGGGCCCAGUGGGUGCCUGGGCCACGUAAUAAGGUGCGCUCUUCUAAACCUCGGGCCCAGUGGGUGCCUGGGCCACGUAAUAAGGUGCGCUCUUCUAAACCUCGGGCCCAGUGGGUGCCUGGGCCACGUAAUAAGGUGCGCUCUUCUAAACCUCGGGCCCAGUGGGUGCCUGGGCCACGUAAUAAGGUGCGCUCUUCUAAACCUCGGGCCCAGUGGGUGCCUGGGCCACGUAAUAAGGUGCGCUCUUCUAAACCUCGGGCCCAGUGGGUGCCUGGGCCACGUAAUAAGGUGCGCUCUUCUAAACCUCGGGCCCAGUGGGUGCCUGGGCCACGUAAUAAGGUGCGCUCUUCUAAACCUCGGGCCCAGUGGGUGCCUGGGCCACGUAAUAAGGUGCGCUCUUCUAAACCUCGGGCCCAGUGGGUGCCUGGGCCACGUAAUAAGGUGCGCUCUUCUAAACCUCGGGCCCAGUGGGUGCCUGGGCCACGUAAUAAGGUGCGCUCUUCUAAACCUCGGGCCCAGUGGGUGCCUGGGCCACGUAAUAAGGUGCGCUCUUCUAAACCUCGGGCCCAGUGGGUGCCUGGGCCACGUAAUAAGGUGCGCUCUUCUAAACCUCGGGCCCAGUGGGUGCCUGGGCCACGUAAUAAGGUGCGCUCUUCUAAACCUCGGGCCCAGUGGGUGCCUGGGCCACGUAAUAAGGUGCGCUCUUCUAAACCUCGGGCCCAGUGGGUGCCUGGGCCACGUAAUAAGGUGCGCUCUUCUAAACCUCGGGCCCAGUGGGUGCCUGGGCCACGUAAUAAGGUGCGCUCUUCUAAACCUCGGGCCCAGUGGGUGCCUGGGCCACGUAAUAAGGUGCGCUCUUCUAAACCUCGGGCCCAGUGGGUGCCUGGGCCACGUAAUAAGGUGCGCUCUUCUAAACCUCGGGCCCAGUGGGUGCCUGGGCCACGUAAUAAGGUGCGCUCUUCUAAACCUCGGGCCCAGUGGGUGCCUGGGCCACGUAAUAAGGUGCGCUCUUCUAAACCUCGGGCCCAGUGGGUGCCUGGGCCACGUAAUAAGGUGCGCUCUUCUAAACCUCGGGCCCAGUGGGUGCCUGGGCCACGUAAUAAGGUGCGCUCUUCUAAACCUCGGGCCCAGUGGGUGCCUGGGCCACGUAAUAAG